CUACUGUGUUAGCAGGCACCAGUACACAUAUUGGAUUUAUCCUUCAUUUCUAUGGAUUUAUAUCAAACUUACGUUUUUGGAUGAUUCUAUGAUAUUUUAAAGAUUGUCAGUUACUUCUUCAUCUUGUGCAUGUACCAACAUGACGGAUGACCCAUACAACCGUUUCAUUCCGCCACCGGAGGCACCUGUUUUCACUCCAACUGAGGAGGAGUUUACUGAUCCGUUGGGAUACUUGGACAAAAUCAGGCCUAUUGCCGAGAAAACUGGGAUCUGUAAAAUAAAACCUCCACCGGAUUGGCAGCCUCCAUUUGCUGUUGAUGUGGAUAAAUUCAAAUUUACUCCCAGAGUUCAAAGGCUUAAUGAGCUGGAGGCUCAAACUAGGAUCAAGUUAAACUUUUUGGAUAAGCUUGCCAGAUUUUGGGAAUUGCAGGGCUGUUCUCUUAAGAUUCCUCAUGUUGAAAAGAAACUAUUGGAUUUGUACAUGUUAUACAAGUGUGUUGAGGAUGUCGGAGGGAUGGAAAUACUAUCCAAGGAGAGGAGGUGGUCCAAGGUGGCCACCAAGAUGGGCUUCCCAUCAGGCAAAGGUGUAGGGGCUGUUCUUCGGGGCCACUACGAAAGGAUCCUAUACCCUUUCUACCUGUUCAUGCGCGGUGAUUCCUACGAUGCGACUAAGAAGGAAAAGGUAGUUGAAGAGGAAUUUAAAGAUGACAAGGAUGAUAAAGACUACCGACCCCACGGCAUUGCAGCCAAAUCUGCUGCUGGUAGUUACCGGCGUCUACCCAAGAGAGAGAGGGCCUUGAACAAAGAGGUCUGCACCAAGGCACAGCCAUCUGCUCCCGAAGAAUCUUUAGAUAUUGACUACUCAGUAAAUUCUGAGUUGAAGAAAUUACAGUUCUUCGGAGCAGGGCCCAAAGCUGCUGUUCCACCUGUACCUAAAGAGGAAAAGAUUGAGGGAAAGGUUGACAGCUAUAUUUGCCACAUGUGUAGUCGCGGAGAUGGUGAUGAGUAUAUGCUGCUCUGUGAUGGGUGUGAUGAUGCCUUCCAUACAUACUGUCUCAUCCCACCCCUACAAGAUGUCCCAAAAGGGGAUUGGCGAUGCCCUAGAUGCAUUCAACAGGUUUGCAGUAAGCCCCAGGGUCCCUAUGGAUUUGAGCAAGCCAAGAGAGAGUACAGUUUGCAGUCGUUUGGAGAGAUGGCAGAUCAGUUCAAGUCCAACUACUUCAGUAUGCCAGUUCAUAUGGUUGGAUGUGAGUCGGUAGAGAAGGAGUUUUGGCGCCUUGUCAACUGUAUUGAAGAGGAUGUGUGUGUCCAAUAUGGGGCAGACAUACAUGCUGCAGAUAUGGGCAGUGGUUUUCCCACAAAAGAAAAUAAAGACCUGUUUCCUGAGGAUGAGGAGUACAUCAAUUCCGGAUGGAAUCUGAACAAUCUCCCUGUUCUAGAACAAUCGGUUCUCUGCCACAUCAAUGCUGACAUCUCGGGAAUGAAGAUUCCAUGGUGUUAUGUCGGCAUGUGUUUCUCUAGUUUCUGUUGGCACAAUGAGGAUCAUUGGAGUUACUCCAUCAAUUACCUCCACUGGGGUGAACCUAAGACUUGGUAUGGUGUGCCGGGCGAGUGUGCAGACCAGUUUGAGGAUGCUAUGAAGGCCAAUGCCCCAGAGCUGUUCGAGCAUUCGCCAGAUCUGUUGCACCAGUUGACUACCAUCAUGAACCCAAACAUCCUGAUGGAUAUGGGUGUUCCGAUUGUUAGAACCAAUCAGCAUGCUGGGGAGUUUAUUGUGACUUUCCCACGAGCCUAUCAUGCAGGAUUCAACCAAGGCUACAACUUUGCAGAGGCUGUAAACUUCUGUCCUGCUGACUGGCUACCUAUUGGUAGGGCCUGUAUUGACCACUACAGAAGCCUCAAUCGUCAGUGUGUCUUCUCUCAUGAGGAAUUAGUAUGUAAGAUGGCUGCUGACCCUGAUAACCUUGACCUCAAGGUCGCUGCUUGUACCCACCAUGACCUGUUAGGAAUUGUUGAAACAGAAAAACAACUACGCAAGAAGCUUUUAGACAGGGGUACCAUGGAAGCUGAACGUGAAGCGUUCGAGUUAUUACCCGAUGAUGAGCGGCAAUGUGACACAUGUAAAACAACUUGUUUCCUGUCAGGUGUCACCUGUCCCUGUAGUCCCAACAAACUGGUGUGUAUUCACCAUGUAGAGAUGCUGUGUGGUUGCGACCCUUCACGUCACUGCCUCAGAUACAGAUACACAUUAGACGAACUGCCAGCCAUGCUCUACAAACUAAAGGUUCGCGCUGAGUCCUUUGACACCUGGACUAGCAAAGUGGGGGAAGCCUUGGAGUCCACUGGGGAUGACAGAAUGGAGAUCAUAGAGCUUAAAGAGCUGAUUGUGGAGGCAGAGGAGAAGAGGUAUCCUGAUACGGAAUUGCUGCACACCCUUAUUGAGGCAGUCGGUGAAGCAGAGAAGUGUGCCAGUGUUGCCAAUCAACUGGUCUCAAAGAAAGUCCGUACCAGGAACAGACAAUCUAUGGAAGGGAAAUACAUAGCGAAACUCAGUUUAGAUGAGCUGAAUUGUUUCUAUGAUCAAGUCUACAAUUUACCAUGCAUUAUCAAGGAAGCCAAACUGAUCAAGGAACUGCUGGACAAAGUGAUAGAGUUCCAAAGAGAUGCCCAAGAUGCAUUAGAGGCAGACACCCCUGAUUCAGAAAAGAUAGAACAGCUGAUCGACUUCAGUGUUACACUUGAUGUUGACUUGCCAGAAAUACCUAGACUCAAACAGGUACUUCAGCAAGCUAAGUGGUUGGACGAGGUUCGUCUGACACUACGUGACCCACUGAAUGUGACCCUGGAUGUCAUGAGGGAGCUAAUGGAGUCUGGUGUUGGUCUAGCUCCACACCCUGCCGUAGAGAAAGCUAUGGCCGAGCUCCAAGAACUCCUCACGAUAAGUGAGCGCUGGGAGGAGAAAGCUAGGAUCUGUCUUCAGGCCAGACCUCGUCAUGUAAUGGCCACCCUGGAAGCCAUUAUUAAUGAAGCUAAAGGCAUUCCUGCCUACUUGCCAAAUGUUACUGCACUGAAGGAUGCACUUCGGAAAGCCAAGGACUGGACAGUGAAAGUGGAAAAUGUGCAGAAUUCUGACUCGUACCCCUAUCUGGACAUCCUGGAAAGUCUGGUCAACAAGGGCCGGCCAAUCCCUGUACGCCUGGACCAGCUACCUCAGGUUGAGUCUCAGGUAGCCGCUGCCAAGUCCUGGAGGGAAAGGACCGCCAGAACAUUCCUCAAGAAGAAUUGUACCUACUCUCUCUUAGAGGUGUUGUCCCCCCGAGCUGACAUCGGCAUCUAUAGUGGAGCCAAAAACAAAAAGAAGAAAUUCAAGGAAGGCGAGAAGGACAAGAAGGACGUAGAAACCAAUAAUAACAACCUAGAUAUCAAGAUAGAAGAUCAGAGAGAUCCUGCGGCCAUUGUCGCAGCAUUUAAAGUGGCAGAGCAGAAGGAGGUGGACUGUAUGUGUGAGCUGAGGGAAAGAAAUGUGAGCAAGAUCAGUCAGGAGGGAGAUGAAGUCAAGUAUUGUGUGUGUCGGAAGGGAGCCUCCGGCUUCAUGUUACAGUGUGAGCUCUGCAAGGACUGGUUCCAUGGAACAUGUGUGCCACUUCCGAAAUCUGCAAAUAUGAAAAAUAAAUCGUCUCAAGCAGCAGCAGUACAAGCUGCCAAAGAUCUCAAGUUUUUAUGUCCCCAAUGCUUACGGUCGCGGCGCCCUCGACUAGAGACAAUACUUUCCCUUCUCGUAUCCCUCCAGAAACUUCCUGUACGCUUGCCAGAGGGGGAGGCCCUUCAGUGUUUAACGGAACGUGCCAUGGCCUGGCAGGACCGUGCUCGCCAAGCCCUAACCACAAGUGAACUUGCCUCAGCUUUGGCUAAACUCAGUGUGUUGAGUCAGAGAAUGGUGGAGCAGGCGGCACGUGAAAAAACUGAGAAAAUCAUAAACGCAGAACUGCUUAAAGCUGCUAAUAAUCCUGAGUUGCAGGGACAUUUAGCCAGUGUAACUCAAAGUGCUUUUGGGGGGACUGCGGGAGGUGGGGGUGGCGCUGCCAGUACGCCUUUAUCUGGGAAGCAUUCAGAUUCUGGCAAUUUCAGUUUGGAUUCAGAGAACUCAUUUACAAUUCCAUUGUCGCCUCAGUCAUCGCAUAACUCAGAUGACAUCCAGAUGGAGGUGGAAGUGAUCAGUUCAGCCCAACAAAACCACAGUGGCAUGUCGGAGCAUGCUUAUUCUUCAGCCUCCAAAACCAGCAACAGUGCAUCACCACGUAAACACCAGCGGAAGUCACCACUGGUGGCACGGACCCUUGAAGCUCCUGUCCUUGAGCUUUCCAGCACAGCAAAGAGUCAGUUAGAGGAACUGAUGAUGGAGGGAGACCUUCUAGAAGUUUCACUGGAUGAGACGCAACACAUCUGGAGGAUCUUACAGGCUUGUCAGCCACGGGCUGAUCACAAGUUCCUCGAACUCGAGGAUAAUAAGGACAACAUCACCAGUAUUCCUAUCACCAGUGAGAGAGAUAAACUUCAGAUCAAGAUUAAAAAGGAGAAAGACCCAGAAAAGAAAAAGAAGAAGAGGAAAAAGUUAGAGGAUGGAACAGAAGUGAAGAUCAAGAAGAGUAAAGAGAUAAAGGAGAUAGCUGAAGCUGGUGCCGGGGAAGCUGGAGGAGGUGGAGGUGUGGCCAUGAUUAAGGUCAAGAAAAUUAAGAUCAAGAAGGAGAAGGACCCCAUUAAGGAAAAGAAAGUAGCCAAGGACCUAGACAACAUGGAAAUUGCUGCCAGCAUGGACAUAUCAACUAUAGCUUCAGAGGCUGAGAAGAUAAAGAAGGCUGGGGAGAAAGCAGACAGAUUAAAAAAAUUGGGAGAGGAGAAACUGAAGAAGAAGAAAACAAAACUGGUGAAGAAAGAAGGAUUAGUUGCUGUGGAGGAACUUAUUAAAAAGAAAAAGAUGAAACCCAAAGUUAAACGUGAGAGGAAAGAAAAGGAAAGUCUUGUCAUGCAAGAUGAUGAUAAGGAAGAUGAGAAUGAUGAUGAUUGUGCUGCAACUAAAUGUCUCAAACCAACAGGUGAGGAAGUGAACUGGGUACAGUGUGAUCGCUGUGAGGACUGGUACCACCUCCUGUGUGUUGGCUUGGGACAGGAAGAGAUCUCGGAGGAUGAGGAAUACAAGUGUUUCAAGUGUAGGAACCAGCACUGUUCGGACCCCUAUGUUCCCCCCGUCAUAUCAGAUCCCCGCAUGCCCCACAGUAUGGACUUGCAGGCUCCCGACAACCAAGUGCCAGUCAUUAAGUCAGAACCACAAGACCUGACAUGUCACGAGUCAAUGGACCUUACAAUGGACACGCCGUCAGUGUCUGAGCAUUACACGUCUGUAGUGGACGACUCGGGUCAGACAAGUAAUGACGCUGUCACUGAGAAUAUCAAAGACAGUAGUCAGGAACUGCUCCACAUGGAACAGACUACUUCUGUUAUUGAUGAAAAGUGCCAGGUUAUGCCAAAGGUUGUGGCGCUUGACACUGAUGCUAUGGACAUUUCGGAAGAAGGGUUACAUGAGGAUUUCUCAGAAUCCAUGGCAACCAAGUUUGGACUUGGGAACGGCAUUGAAGAAACUGUGAUAGAGGAAGAAUCCAUUGUGGACAAUAGUGUUGUGAAUGACCCAUCAGUUAAUGGCUGUAGUGUGGAGGCCAGUUCCGGGGAUUCAAACAGCGGCACGCCUCUCCUGGACAGUGGUCAGAUAGAUACACUGAUUGAGUCUGUAUCCUGAUCUAUAUGUGUGACAGAUCCUAAUAUUUUUUGUCCAAUCAUUGGUCUGAUGUCAUGUAGUGUUCAGUGCUUAUGAUCGGUCUCCUGAGACUUGUGGUCCAGGGAACCUGGUGAUUUACUGAUGGAUAUUCCAUCUUGUCAUAAUGUACUAAAAUAUGAUUGUGAGCUUGGCCCUGGGUUCAACAGAAAUCUCAAACCAUCAAUCAAAUUUGAACUUUUCCAAUGACUUUUUUGCCAUCAGUGCAGUAGGAACACGAUGAAAUCAGGGCCAGACUGAAAUUUAACCAGAAAUCACAUUUUGUGAAUUCCUAGUCCUAGACUUUCUGUGAGAGCUAAGCUUAUGUUUGGUUCAUGUAUUUUGAUGAAAUGGUGUGAGAGUAGAAAUCUACAUAUUAAGUGUGAAUGAAAAAGACAAGGCAAUAGUUGUGUACAGACAUUUUAUGAAUGUUGUUUCUCUGUUUGUAUACAUAUUUCUUCACAUACCUCAUUGAAUCUAUUCAAAUGAAUAUUUUGCUUUUGUAUAACAUCUAUCGCAUUACAGCAUCGGGAGUUUGAAUCUGUAUUCCAUAUCAUAAAAGGUCUUUUUUGAUAUACAUAUGCCAGUUAUAAUUUCAAAGUUCUUUGAAGCAUCUAUCAAAUAGAUUUUUAUCAUUUUUUUUCUUCCUGAAAUAAAAAAGUCAUUUUGGAUGUUGUGGGUUGUGAAUGAAUAUCAUUUGUGUUUUGUUUAAGUGAAUGAUGAUGUAUAUACAGGUUUUGGCUAAAAUUGAUCCGAUUUACCUUUGACUCAAAAGCUCCUUUGGCCAGAUACCUGUUUUAGGCUUGGCUAGAGCAUCUUUCUAUCCAUCUCUCUUCCGGUCUCAAACUGAUUUUAAUUUGAUUGAUAACAUUUUAUGACAAUAUUUUCUCAAAUGUUAAAUAAACAAACAUGUUGAAAAUGCAUCACAUUCUUCACAUUUGUCAUGCAGGAAUUAAAUGCUCUUGAAACUUUGGCCAGAAAUUUUUAGAUGGAUCAAAAUAUUUCAUUUUGUUUCUGUGGUCUCGAAAUUGCAAACACAUGCAUAUAAUUUUGAUUUCAGAAUAUCUAGCCAAUUAUUUGGCGGCACCACAGGCAAUUUUCUAGUUUUCAGAUUUAAUAAUAUAAUGGCAACUUUUAUGAUUUAAAAACUUAACAAGUUUGAUCUAUUGUUUUUAUAUUGAUAAAGAAAGAAACAAAAGAAAGAAAAAAACAACAACUGGACAUGAUAGAGUUAUCUCCCAUAGACUAUUUUUAAUCAGAAGUCCUGUGUACAAUUUAAAGGUGAUUAUAUAGAUAACCCAGAACUAUUUACAUUUACUGACUGUAGGAUCAGCAUUAGCAAUGACUUGGAUUAAUUACAAGUUUAUAGAUGUAUAUAUAGUGUUUUUCACAGCUUACCUCAGGAGCAAUUUACUGAUAACAAAAAUUAACAUUUGAAGGAAAGGCAAUUGCAUUGUAUUUGAUAGAUUUUAACAAUUUCCUGAGAAAUUUCAGGAUCAGAUUAUCUUAGGAAUAUCAAAUGCAUACAUAAAAUGGGUUAUUUGCCUCAUCUGCUGAAAAGAAGGCAGAAGAAGUAAGCGCUUAACUAGUCCAAAAUGAUAAUAUAAAUGUAAUACUUAUAUGUGAAAAUGAAUGCAAAAUGUCCAUAUAGAAAUUAGACGAUAAAUUUGAACCCUACAGGAAAUGCUGGUGAAAUUAUGUUAUCAGGAGAGUUAGUGUACAACACAUCAUGACCUCUCAUUCAGUUUGUUGAAAUCUUUAUCAACAUGGACUAAAUAUCUUCUUCCUGAUGAUGAGAAGAUAAAAAACAUUGCAGUAUUUAAAAAUUUCUGCAGAAUCAAUAUGACAAUUGAAUGUAAUAUUUCUCAAGAAUGAAGGUAGUCUUGUCUCUUGGAAUGACAUACCCUGGUACUUUGGGUUAUACAAUGUUGUACUUUUUGUUUAGAAAAAAAAAAACAUGGUAGUUUUAUUUCAGAAGAUUUUGUGGAAGACCAAUAUGACAAAUUUAUACUCCAUGUGAUUUUGAAGUGGAAGAAAUAUGUGUCUAUAAAAUUGAUUUUGAAUCUUAAUUUAUUUUAUGCUUGAUUAAUUUUGCUUUGUAAAUGCAUUGUUUAUAUAUACAUAGAUAUAUAUAUAUGUGCACCUGAACAUAUCUGUAUAUCACAGUUGUCCACCAUCCAACGCUUUCAAAAUGUAGUGUGUACAGUUAAUUUUGUUGACGUUUUUCAUUUGUUCUUAGCGAUGGCUUCAAUAUUUUAUCUGCAAUUAUUAGCAUUGCUGGCAAAACUAAGACAAGGAUUUUUUUAAAGUAAAUUCAAAGCAAAAAAAAAAAUCUGGUUUUCAAAUGGUUUUAUUUUUCAAACUCUCUUUACACACACAUCCACACACACAUCUAUCUCAAAAUAGACUGUUACUGGUGUUAUCCUAAUAUUGCCCUCUAAGUUUACUUUGAAACAUGACGGAAUCAUGCAGGGAAUAUGUAUUGGUGAACAUUUUUGUUUGUUUUGUUUUGCCAUUAUACAUGACUAAGCAAUUUGAUGAUUAUGUUAAUAUGUUAAAUUAUUUUCGUUAAAAUUGGGAAGAAGUAUUCUGCAUUUGAGCAAUUUUUGAUGUGGCAUCGAGAAUUUUGGUACCGAGUCAUAAUCCCUAGCAUUUUGGUUUGAAGUCAUUGAUAAACACAACACAAACAAAUAUGAUGGAUUUUAAACUGCACAGAUAGCUGAUCUUGGAUUUUAUUCCGAAAGUAAUUUUCCUAUCUCGGCAGAAAUUUUCAAGCAUUCUUUACUCAAAUCAGCUGUUUCUUACAGAAAGAGACAACAGAAUUUAACUCAAGUUGUACAGUUUCAACCACAGUAUUUGUUUCAUUAGUUUUGAUCUUACCCAUGGCCUUCUUGCAUCAUUUUAUCCUCAUAAUUCUUCAUCUGCAUCUGUAUAUACAUAUGUAGUAGCACAACUGAAUGCUCUGAAAUGGAAUAUUUCAAGCUCCAACAAAAGAAUUUACAUAGGAAGUAAGACAGCUAAUGGUAUGGUUGAAGAGAGCCUUUGUAUUUUGUAUUCAACAGCAUGUUUAUAAUUGUAACAUGGAGAAUAAUCAACACAAAGAUUUAAGGAUAAUUAAUAAUAUGAGUUUGAAGAAUAUUAAAGAUAGGGUGAAGAAUCAUUAAAGCUACUAAUACAAAAGAUACAUUAUUUAUAUGUUCAGGAAAAGUGGAAACAUUGACAUGUAUUUCUGAAUUCUCUAUAAUUUACAUAGCUGAACAUAUGUAGUAUUAGUAAACUUGUAUAUGCUGACAAAAGUGCUUUGUGAAUAGGGCUUUAAUAUCAGUAUAUGAUUAUAGUAGAAUAUCAUCUGUUGUAUAAAUAGUCCAAUUCUGUAAAACUUUGUCACAUUGCAGAAAUGCAUCCAAAAUAUAAUAAAUUUUAUUGACUUUGUCAAUACUUAUA